GAUCAUUUUAAUUAUUUUCAGGGCAAUUAUGGUGAAAUGAUGAGUCGAUAUAAACAGUUGCUAACCUACAUAAAAUCGGCAGUCACCAGGAACUACAGCGAGAAGUCCAUUAAUUCAAUCCUUGAUUACAUAUCUACUUCGAAAAAUAUGGAAUUACUCCAAGAUUUCUAUGAAACCACCCUUGAGGCCCUAAAGGAUGCAAAGAAUGAUCGACUUUGGUUCAAAACAAACACAAAAUUGGGGAAGCUGUAUUUUGAUCGAGAAGAUUAUAAUCGAUUAUCAAAAAUAUUGAAGCAGCUCCAUCAAUCCUGUCAGACUGAUGAAGGUGAGGAUGAUCUGAAAAAAGGAACACAGCUUCUAGAAAUAUAUGCUCUUGAAAUCCAGAUGUACACUGCACAAAAGAACAAUAAGAAAUUAAAAGCUUUAUAUGAGCAGUCUCUUCACAUCAAGUCGGCUAUUCCACAUCCUUUGAUUAUGGGCGUCAUAAGAGUGGCUGCUUCGUCCUCUGCAAUGAGUCGCGAUCAUGUUGCAAGCUCCCCCGUUCAUGCACAUGUUGCAGGCACUCCCACUUCUCCGUCUCCAGGGCCUAUUCGUCGCCCUCACAUUUGUACGCCUGCCACACCCGUGCCCGUUUAUGGCCAUGUUAAGGAGUCAUCUGGUGAUGUUCCUGCUGUUGUGGUUGGUUCGUCGCGGGAGUCAGUGCUUGGAUGCAGCCCAGACAGGUCUGCACUCGAUUCCUCGAACAAAAAGGACUAUUCAGGAGACGGCCAGUACCGUGGUGGGGUCAGAAGACUUGAGGCUGUUACACCGAGCUACAAGGACAUCAUUGACCAGGUUGCCGUAGACACCGCACCUUGGACAAUGUCAUAA